AUGUGCAACAAGCACUACGUCCAAGAAGAGGCCGGCAACUCGUGCGCUCAGGUCAUCACCAAGUCUCACCCUAUCUUCUACGCCUCGGGUAAGGCGGUGGACGUUUCUGAGUCCGCUCCGAAGACUCCCGUACAUUUCAGGAUCGGCAUUUCCUCUUCGCUCCAGUAUUGGCGAGCUGAAGUGAUCAGCACGUGUGCAUCUGAGGUUCUCGAUGCUGCUGACAAGCCUAUGAAGUACAUCACCUUCUCGGCGAACAACAUGCACACAUGGCCCACUGUCUCUGUGAUCCUUGACCAGCCCGACUUCCACUUCGCCCAAUCUUGGAAGUGCACCGACGCCCACAACUUGCGUGCCGACGCCCCUCGAGGUUAUUCGUUCGACAACGGAAAGUCCUGGACUUUCCACAACGUCGCCUUCGACCCGAUCCUCUACGACGUACAGUCCAAGUGA